UAUGUGGUUCUUUAAUAUGACAUUGGCAUUUAAAUAUGGCUAGACGAUUUUCAGAGGAAAAUUUAGGCUCUAGUGGGCUAGAUUUAAAGCAAUCAAGCAGCAGGGUCAGUACUUUGAACCCGAGUGGAACGAGGGGGAAGCCAACAACGCGAUUUUCACGUUACGAUACUAGUUCUGAAACGAAAGUUGGAAAGAAAAAACCAAUGACAGCAAACAGAAAUUCUGCUUCAACAACAGCACGAAAACAACCUGUAACUGGUGUUAAUCAAACUGCAAAUAACAAGCAAAAAACUACAAGUUCUAGCAAUGCAUUAGUGCCACGAAAGGCCGCGAUACUUGCGCCAAAGGGCUACACUGCUAGGCCUAUUGUGCCUGCUUCGAAAGCUGAACUUUUGCCGGUUGCAAGAGCGAUGAAUCGCGAGGAUUUCGCUCCAAGGUUGAAGAAAUUAUUCGACCCAGAAAGGGAGGCGGCGCUGGAAGCAAUCGAAACAGGAGUUUAUAUCGGUUGGCGCUGUCCUGAGUUUAAACACGACUGCAUACGAGUUGGAAAAGCUUCGAAAUGUUUUUGUGGCCAUCUUUUAUCGGAGCAUAGCCAUUACCAUGGCAACAGCGUGAAAGUCCCGUGCCGCGUGGGUUCGUGUGCGUGUAAAGCGUUCGCGUUUGUUCCCGCGCGGCCAGAAGAGGUGGGAGAAUGGUGGCUACCAAGACGACCGGGUUUUGAUCCAAGUACCUGGAGGGCGAAGUGCAAAUGCAAGCAUACCCACGAGGAACACAGCCCGAUUAAUUCAAGGUGUCAGAUAAAAACCUGCCCUUGUGCUGGCUUUAAUUCGGCGUUCUUGUGCUGUGCAUGUGACAAGCAUUGGGAACAGCACGUGACUGUUUUUGAAAGCGCAUCUCACCGUGACGCGGAAGGUAUUCCGUAUGGACAACAUUAUCUGCCUUUCCACGAGAUGCCUGAGUUGAGAAAUGUAGUGUUGACAGGGAGAGAGGAUAAUAGUUCGAUGUACGAGGAAUUAGCCUCGGGGCCUUAUGCUAUCCCGGAGAAUAGACCUUCUAAAUUAGCACUACAACUACGGGGUAACUCCUCUAAAAAAUAUCCGUAAUAAAAAUGGAAAGAUUUCCUGAUCAAAGUUUUUCCAAGAUGAAAAACUAGUUGAUUCCUUAGCG